UUUUUUUUUUAGAGUUUAUCUGAGGCCAAAAAAAUAUGACGUUUCAUUGUUUGUGGCCAACAGACUAUGAGCCCUUUGUGGAAUAGAGUCUCUCUCACACACACUGAAGAGCUUUCUCUCUCUCUCACACACACACACACACACACACACACACACACACACACACACACACACACACACACACACACACACACACUGACACACACACAGCUGUGUGUCAGCGCACUCUGUCACUAACUGUAAGCCGGCCAAACUAGCUGACUGGGCACUUGUGAAUCCCCAAGUAAAGCCACGGCACGGUCAUGCCAGUAAAACCCAGAGACUAGUUUAAAAAUAACUUGUUUCUGUCUGAGGGGACGGAGCAGAGACACACAGUGUCAUGGCCCAGUCGGAGGACAGAGUGAGCGCAUGGAGCUGUAAGCAGGUGGCUCAGUGGCUGCAGGAGGAAGGAUUCGGGGAGUAUGUCGAGUUAUUGUGCACCCAGCACCGCCUGGACGGCCUCACUCUGCUGGCUCUGACUGAGGCCGACCUGCGAGGACCCCCGCUGGGCCUCUCUGUGCUGGGAGACAUCAAGAGGCUGACCAUCGCCCUGCGCCGGCUCCAGAGGCAGAACCAGAACCAGCUGGAGGAGCUGGGUCUCCGGCCUACAGACACGCUCCCUCCCGUGGACUCCGGAGGCCUCGAGUGGCGGUGCGAUCGAGCUGAGAGGAGGUUCAACGCAGGAGAUCGCUCGUGUAACGGGACCGAGCUGAGAUUGAGGAAUGGACACAGUUCUGGAUACAAUUCAGAAGACGCACUUUGUCACACACACUCCAACGGACGGUGUCGGCAGCACCGGGUCCUGUCGAUGUCAGGUCGAUUGGACCCGGAGGUGUGGAAAACGGUCGUCAGUGCCUUUUACGUGUUCUUUGUGUUUGGUUUCACGUCUUUUGUCAUGGUCAUCGUGCACGAGCGAGUCCCGGACACAAGGACGUACCCACCGCUGCCUGACAUAUUCCUGGACAGUGUUCCCAGAAUCCCCUGGGCUUUUGCCAUGGCUGAAGCUUGUGGUCUCAUCUUGUGUUACAUGUUUCUGUUGAUCCUCCUCCUCCACAAACACAGGUCGAUUCUCCUCAGACGGUUGUGCUCUUUAAUGGGAACCGUUUUUCUGCUCCGUUGCUGCACCAUGUUUGUCACCUCGCUCUCGGUGCCUGGGCAGCACCUGAAAUGUGCCAGCAAGACGUACGGUGACACUUUGGGGAAGAUUCAGAGGGCGCUGGCGAUUUGGAGCGGCUUUGGAAUGACUCUGACGGGUGUCCAGACAUGUGGAGAUUACAUGUUCAGUGGACACACUGUUGUCAUCACGCUGCUCAACUUCUUUGUAACUGAAUACACUCCACGGACCUGGAAUAUGAUCCACACCAUCUCCUGGGUGUUAAACCUGUUUGGGAUCUUCUUCAUCCUGGCUGCUCACGAGCACUACUCCAUCGACGUGUUCAUCGCCUUCUACAUCACCACCCGCCUCUUCCUCUACUACCACACCUUAGCCAACACUCGGGCCUACCAGCACAGCCGCAGAGCUCGCAUCUGGUUCCCGAUGUUCUCCUUCUUUGAGUGCAAUGUGAACGGACCGGUCCCCAACCAGUACCACUGGCCCUUCAACAAACCGGCCUUCAUGAAAACUCUCAUUGGGUAGAAAUACACUUCAUGCAGUAUUCACCGACUCUACUAUUAAAAACCCAAAUGAUCCUCGUUUUACUUGAAAUGCUGCUUCCCACCUACGGUUGGAUUUACAUGGAAGUGUUUGUGCUUCGUCUGUUUGAGCAGAUGAUCUUUGUUUUAUCAAAUUGUUUAUGUUCUGAGGAGUUUAAAAUACCAAGAAAAGAAGACUCACCACAUUGAAAUGCCACGUAAGCUGCUAGCAUCCCGUUGCAUCUCAUCCCAAAAAGUUUGUUUGAACAUAGUUCUGCCUCUGACUCGGCAAAUAGUCGAUUGUAUUUUCAGAUUUUCCGGGUUGGGGUCAUCGGGCGGUCAGUUUGUUGGGACAAACGGCCAGCAUGUUUCUCAUUAAAAGUAAAAAAAAAAGGCCUUGCAGCAGUUCCAGCAGCGCUGAAGCUCCCAUAGCAACCAAAAUCAGUGACUGAAGAGACCCGCUGUGUUGGUGGAAACGAGAAAGCACAAAGUCGGCUCUCAGCUUUGAAGUAGUUCAGCGCUUGAUCUAACAUUUACGUGACAUUUACAUUUUGCACCAGACACAUUUGUACACGUUAGUGAACCGUAAAGGUGCUAAUGGGCGACUUGAUAUGCCGUCAAACAGAGCGUGGCUAGCUGUCCCCCCCUCCGUCUCCAGUCUGUAUGGGAAGCUAAGCUAACAGGCUGCGGACAGUAGCAUGAUAUUUACCGUACAGACAUGAAAGUAACUGUGAUCCUUUAAUCUAACCGCCUCCACGAAAGCAAAUGAGAGUAUUUCCAAAGAUGUCAAACAAUUCUUCCAAAUUGUGUCGCACGCUGCCAAGUGAAACAAAGAAACGAGGUUCAUAUAAGGCACGCGAUCACACCAUUUUUCAUCUGUAUUUUUUCAUUCCUGUUCCACAAUUUGAACCUUUAAAGUUCAAAAACUAACUUUAACCAUUGUGAGAAUUUAGACGCCUGUUUGGUAACUUCUACCAAAGGAAAAUCAGAAACAGCAGGAAACACUCUUCCUCUGAUCUACUUAAGAAAGGUUUUUGGUUCUUCGUUCUCAGCGUUAUCUGAACUUUAGGACUUUAUGUUGUUAACUUAUGAUCUUAAUUGUUCCUCAAGUCUCCGGUGGUGGAGCCUCUUACAUCCAGUUCAAAUAUUUGAACGUUUAUUUAAAUGUCUGGCUCCGUCGAUCAGCCGUUAUCUUGUUUUCUUAAUCCUUAAUUUGAUGCUGCGUAAUCUUUUUCUUUUUAUAUGAACACAUUUUAAUAAUGUAAUGAGAGUUUUUUUUAAGGAGGUGUUCGCACAUCCAACUAUCUCAGAAGGUAGGGCGACAAACUAUUACUUGAGAAGAAAAAAUCCUGCACACUACUCUUGCUAAUUAUCACCAGGUUAUUAAGGCAAGGUAAGUUUAUUUAUGUAGCACAUUUCAACAAUGUUCAGUCCCUCUGAACCUUAACUUAGCGAGAGUUGUGCAAGGGAUUUAUUCUCUUUUCAAGUAAUAAGUUAAUGGGAAAUAUAAGGAUGUGGGUUUUGUUGACGCUCGAUUGCACAGUUUUCUCUCUUUGCACGGUACAGACGCUGCCUCUUUGUCAUUACAGAUGUUCACGAGCAGUAUAAAAGUUUAUGUUUACUGUGUCAUGGUUGAUCCAAACUUUAUCUUUCCAAUAAUUGUUUACAAUUUUUACUUUCUUUUGCAAUGAGAGUUGUCGUAUCUCUGCCUUUUUGCUUGGCGAUUAAAGUUUACAAAUGAGGGAAAA